GAUAAAGAACAAUGGAAGAGCAGAACCAAACCCACACCAAAGCAAAUUCGUGAGUUAAGAUUAAAUGGUUGGAAAUCAGGCCGCGGUCCGGAUUUUUUUGACUGGUUUAAAACACAUGUAUAUUAUGAUGACCAAGGAGAGGAGCUUGAUGACAAGCUGGCAUGUGCAAGGGAACUAACGUUAGAACAAUACUUAGCUAGCAGAGUUGAUUGGUUUAGUCCUACUGUAUGGCCUCACAUUUGUAGUUAUUGGUGCUCAAAAGAGUUCAAGGAAGCAAGGUGCAGAGCCCAAAAAUCCCGCUUGCAAUCUGAAGAUGUUGCUCAAAAUCGCGGAGGUUCACGACCAUUCACGGAGUAUAGGCAAUUUUUGGAACAUAAGUUUGGACCUGAGAAGGCCACCAUAAUGAACACAUAUGCUGUGAUGAAAUCUGGUAUGAAAAACCUCGAUGAAAAUGGCAAUAGUGGUGCAAUCAGCAGCCAGAAAGCACAAAAACGCCUUGAUGAUUAUUCUACUGGUAUGAAGGAAGCAUAUCCAGAGAAUUGGCAGGACAUAGAUUUGGAUGAAAGGGUCUUGUACAACACAUUAGGUGGCAUGCCUCAUGGCCGUGUAGCGAUUGCAUCCGGUGCUGUGAAGAAAGCUGAUGUUCUUUCCGCUGCUAGGGCAACAAAUCUGAAGCCAUCUAUUUCCAUUGCUUACCGGAAUGCUAUCCAAGAGAAUGAGCAAUUACGUCGUGCAAAUGAGAGUCUAAAAAGGAAAACAGAAAUGCACGACCAAUUGUUCAAGAUGGUUUUUGCAAAGAUGGGAGAAGAGCUACCGGAGUGUUUCCUUCUUGGUCGAUCUAAUGCUCAUACACAGGGAAACACCGAUUCAUCUCAUGUUAGUUCAGAGGAUGGCCCUAUGGACCAUGACGCCGGGCAUGGCAACAUUGAAAUCAACAAUGAUGGUGAGAACAUUGGUGGUGACGAUAACAAUUGUGGCUUCAAUCUUGAUGGUGCCUCCAGAGGAGGAUGUCACUAGUCUACUUACAUGCCAACUAAUGACUACUGGACUUUAUGAUAUUUUGGAUGUGUGUAGUAGUACCAUAUGCUCCUGGCCAAACUUUAGCUGCUUAUCCUUUUGUUGCAUUCACUUCUAUGGAGUGAUAUGUAUUUAUGUAAUGUCCCUGAUCAUCAACCUAGAAGGUUUCCUAUCCAUGUAUUUUGUUAUCACUGCAUUGCUUUGGGCAGUGUGAUGGAUGAUAAUUGGUGGUGAUCAGUGUGAUAGAUCAGUACUAAGUGUUGCUGACUUGUAUGAGUGUUGGACUGUUGUAUGGCACUCUUGCUCAAA